AGCAGAUCUUAUUUCUCAAUGAGUAUCUAUGAGAAUGAAACUGAAAGCAAUGCGAUCCUCUCGACUUUUUCGUAAGGUUCUUGAAAGUUGAUAUUGUCAGACUCUGUAGUUCUUCAUCUUCUUCUAAGAGCUUGUCGCGCUCUUGCAACAUAGGUGCCGUGGGUCUUCGUAAAAGACAACUCAUCGUGUCCGUUUUGGAUUUUUGACCCUCAUCCGCCCCCUGCAAAUAAUUGUCGCAGAAGCAUUUGUUGCACAUUGCUGCUUGUUUUGCGCUCUGUAUUUGCUUUUCUUCGGUCCGCUUUAGGUGCAUGAGUUGUCAGUGUCUUCUUGGUCUCGUCGUCGCAAGCGCCAGUGGGCCGCUACUGAUCCUCGUGAAUUAAUUGACGGUCGACGGCCGCUCCCGCUGUCGUGCACUGCUCGCUGCACCGAAGGACCCCAUUGGAAAAGCGUUGCUAGCCGCAACGUGGUGUUCGUUCUGACCUGAAAUUCGCAUUGCAGAGUCAAGGAGCCGGUAUUGAUUGGAGCAGGUGCAGGAGGACGAAAAAAAUGAAACAAAGUCAACUCUUCUCCUCGCUUCUUUACCUAAACAGCCUGUACCAUCCUGUGUUCGCCGAAGAAGAAGAGACGUAUCGCUGUGUGCGUUUUCAGAAGACCGGCGGCUGCUCACCGGAUGGGAAGGAGGAGGACAAGAAGAAGUGCGCCGAUGAAAUCUCGUCGGGGGAGAGCGGAUACUGUGUGUGUAAGACGCAGAGAGGCUUGUUCAAACGCAUAAAACGAGAAACCUGCGACCACGCACCCUUCACCUGCGACUAUGCGUGUGCAAGGUAGUACUCUCUUCAUGCGAAAUUCGAUGGCGACGAGUCUACCUCUACUUCUUAUGAGUGGUGAAGAUCAUGCGCUUUCUUGAAGAUAAAAUUCACGCAUUACAAGUACAACCCGCCCUGUUCUCCCCGCUUGUCUUAGUGCUUUCGAUUCGUUCUAAGUUGACACCAUGUGUUUUUGAUAAGUGCUCGACAUGAACAACAUAAAAUCAUUCCAAGGCACACCGAGUAUACCUGUAAGCACUUUCAGCCAAUCGAACAGUGUACGGAGUUACAAAACGCAAAACCAACAAAAGGUAAACUGAGUUCUUAUUCUUUUGCGCGACUUCGUCUUCGUAGUGCACCACUGGAGCAGCUGCUGCAGUAAAAAACUUUCUUUAUGCAAAAGUAAACAUUUCGGUGCUACAAGUACAACUGCUUCUAGGACCACUUUAUGACAAAAGGAGAAACAUCCACUACAGAAACGCUUUCCUGCGACGAGGUUCCUCCUGCAGAGAAGCCUGGUUACUGCGAGUGCGGUAACGGGCGACAGAUUAUGCAGCCGGGGUGUUUCAACCCGAGUAUGUCGGAUAUGAAGUCCUGUACGGACCUUUGCGCCACGGGCCCCACCCCGUACGAGGACCUGGGGACGCACCAGCACGCCACGGACGCGGUUUAUGACGUUCUCAAGCGUUACAUUCUCAACUGUUACAUGAAUUUGUGAUGCAAGAGCCGCAACAGUCAAAGGUGCAAAAGUUGCUGCUUUCGCAUCACAGAUUUGGCACCGAUUUAGGUGCUGUGUAGCCCUUCGGAGAUUUGUCAUGCGAAGCAGCUUUCUCAUGUACCGGCUCAAGGUAGUUUUGCACGACAAAUUCAUGUAACAGUUGAGAAUGUAACGUUUGAGAACGCCAUACGGUUUUAAAGCAGAACUUCCGAAAACUCAGUUUGAAGCACCACCCCGACAAGGGGGGCGAUAAGGUGAGGUUCACUGCCAUCCGAGAAGCCAUGGACGUGCUAUCCGAUUCCAAAUUGAGAAGGGUUUACGACAUGGGUGGCUGGGAUAUGGUACGUUUAUUUUGGCAUUGUUGACAAAAGGAAAAGCACAACAGGCGAAGAGGAAGUAGUUGCUGUCGGUGUUGCCAUGCAGAUUUUUGAUUUGCAUAGUGUCUAGUAUUAACAUGAGCAUCACUGACAUUGAUGACUCCACUGACUUUGGCGAGUCGAAUCGUUAACCUCACACUUAUUUUUUCCAGGUAAGCAAGGCCAAGCAGGAUAAGCUGGAGAAGGGCCCGAACAAGGAGCACACGAUGCACUUAACCCUCGCGCAGAUGUACACGGGCACAACCAAAUCGAUGCACGUGGGGCGGCGGCUCCGGCUCUGUCGGGGGUGCGACAACGAGAAUAACAAGUCCGUGUUUUGCUCGAAAACUUGCAAGAAAAGUAUCAAAUGUAAAAAUGUCUGGGUCUGGAAGAAUGCAUGUUUGUCAUGCUUGUCUGGCAUGAUUCUUAAAUCUGUCAUGCACGUUACCCAAGAGCUCCAUUUUUCUGUGAUGCAAAAACGCAGUUUGUCAUGCAGAAUAGGCAACACCUAGAAGCUCAGAAACUUGUCAUUCUGAGCCAGCACUUAUGGCCUCAUCAUGAGUAGACGCCACCCAGCAUCACAAGUUUCCAGACCCAGACAUUUUUACAUUUGAUAAAAAUCUGCCCCAAGCAAAUCGAGUACAGGUAUAUGAUCCGCGGCGGCAUGCGGUACCAAAUGCAGCACGAGGUGGAGUCAAAGCACAAGUGCCGAGCCGAGAAAGGGCCACUGGAAGUGGAGGUGCCGGCCGGAGUGCGAGACGGGGAGGAAAUCAAAUACGCUGGGGAAGGAGACCAGAGUGAAAGUCAAACGCCGGGAGAUAUUGUCUUCAAGGUAUUCUGGAUGAUAUUACUUUUAUGUUUUCUACAGAUUUUGUAAUGAAAUUGAAGCUGUUGAAAUCGUAUUUCUAUUUUGUAACCGUAUUUUUUUUUACUGUUGCUGCUCUCACACACCCCGUCUGGGAUGAUCUUCAUUGGGAGUCAACACAAGAUUGCAUCGCUGACGGGUCCUAGAAUUUCUGCACCAUUUAUUUUCGAAAAAAACACCAACAAUUUGAGGUGAAGCAAAUCUACGAGAAGCAGUGGUCUCGCAAGGGGAUUCAUUUGUACCGAACCCUGGAAAUAUCCCUGAAAGAGUCCCUGCUUGGUUUCGACAAAACCAUCACGCACCUGGACGGUCGGAAACUGCAGGUCAGGAAGGAAGGGGUCACCGAGGCCAACAGCCGGAUCGUUUUGUCCGACGAGGGCAUGCCGGACAAGCGAACGGGGUCCACCGGGAAGCUAGUCAUCACCUGCGUCAUCAAAUACCCAACCGCGCCGCUUUCUGCCACGUUGCAGGAACAAAUCGCGAGGCUCAUGCCCGGACCCGGCUCCAUCGUCAAGGCCAAAAAGCGUGAGGAAUUGUAAAGGACCCGACUAGAUUUAUUUGACGGCGAGGAGCCGGUGACAUCCUCGUCAUACCUCCGGUGGGAAAAGAAAACAAAAACUUUUUUGGUAAAUGCAAAUCCACAAAAUUUCAACUUUACAUCAAACUGAAACUAUCAUCCAACUUCAAUUGAUAAUGCAAAAAAAGAGCCACCAGUCGAAGUAGCGAAACAUAGGCCCCUCAAGCGAGGAGAACAAGCAGAGACGAAGAUAAUACCUACUUCUUCGCUGAGUACUUUGAUAUUUUCCUAGAACUAGAUGUUUUGCUUCUGCGUCUGCCUCGUAACAACUGACACAAUAAUGCUUACGCAGCUGUGAGACAGGCAGCCACAGAAACGCGUGUCGUGGCACUAGGAGGUCUUCGUGCUAUCGCAAUUUACAAACAGCUUGUUGUACAGAAAGACUUUAAAAAUUUUUGCUGCUUGUCGUGUGGUCAGUUCACCAGAAUUCAAAACAUGAACAUGUGGUAAAAGUCCAUGUUGCUCUUGCUCGCCUCGUCGUCUCAAAAACCUGUUAAUGUUGCAACUUUAAGCGACUAGCUUCUAGCUUCAAGGAGGAUUUAUCCGUCCAUUUUGCAAAAACCAUUUUGCUGUCCGAUUCUUGUUGCCUCCUUCCGACCAAUAACAAUCGCCCGGCUUGUUAGUGAGCUCUGCCAGCAGCCUCUCGUGUUAGUGAAC